UUAACUUUUUCCCCUAUUUCCAGCACGUUAGAAAAUUGGUCAUCCUUGUUGGGGUUGGAAUAGGUAUCCAAGUAGGAAGAACAACAAAACAAUCUUUGGAUGCUUUCUCUCUGUCACACUCUCCAUUCACCACUUCCCUUUCUAUUUUUAUUCCUUCUUCUGAGUCCUGAAGCAAAAGGGUGUUUUUUAAUAUAGAAAAGUUUGUUUUUUUAUCACUGAACCCGUUUUGGGUCUUUGAUUAAUUUUUUUACACCCUUUGUGUUUGCAAUCUGGUUUUUUUGGUGAGAACCCAGUUUCUAGGUUAUUAGUCUCAGUUUUUUUGGUUGCUAUUUUUGACAAAACUAUGAACACUUCAACAAGGUUGGAUUUAGCUGUGUUUCAGCUUACACCCACUAGAACCAGGUUUGACUUGAUUAUAACUGUGAAUGGAAAGAAGGAGAAGAUUGCCUCAGGCUUGCUCAACCCUUUUCUUUCCCACUUGAAGGCUGCUCAGAAUCAGAUGGACAAGGGUGGUUAUUCAAUUGUUCUUGAACCACCUGAGGGUAACACUGAUACCUCAUGGUUUACCAAGGGAACUGUUGAAAGGUUUGUUCGUUUUGUGAGUACUCCUGAGAUAUUGGAACGUGUGUAUACUGUAGAAUCAGAAAUCUUACAGAUUGAAGAGGCAAUUGCAAUUCAAGGAAAUAGUUCUUUAGGGACUAACACUGUGGAAGAAAAUCAAGUAAAACAUGUUGAAAGCACUGAAGGCAGGAAGACUCAGCAGGAUACUAAUGAGGAGAGAGCAAUUGUACUUUACAAGCCUGAAGCACAGCCACCUCAAGCAAAUGGAAGCACCUCAUUGGAAGAAAGCUCAAAAGUUCAUCUUCUGAAAGUCCUAGACACACGUAAGUCAGCAUUGCAGAAAGAGCAAGGCAUGGCAUUUGCUCGUGCUGUUGCUGCUGGUUUUGACAUUGACUAUAUACCACCUUUGAUGUCAUUUGCUGAAUGCUUUGGAGCAUCUCGCAUGAAGGAUGCAUGCACAAAAUUCAGGGAUCUUUGGAGAAGAAAACAUGAAACUGGACAAUGGCUUGAAAUUGAAGCUGCUGAAACAAUGUCCAAUCGCUCAGACUUCUCUUCGUUGAAUGUUUCUGGCAUUAUACUUCCCAAUAUGGCCUCCGCAUCCCAUACUGAAUUGGACUCUGAGAGUAAUGGGAAGGCAAGUUCAGAUAACCAAGAUAAUAUUCAAGGCCAAUUUCCACAUCAUAUGUUCCCUCCUUGGCCUGUUCAUUCUCCCCCAGGUUCUGUACCAGUCUUUCCACCAUAUCCAGUGCAAGGCAUUCCCUAUUAUCCAGCAUAUCCAGGAAACAGUCCAUUUAUGCAGCCAAAUUAUUCUCCUAUGGAGGACCCCAGACUAAUUGCUGGUCAAAAUAACGGGCGCAGAAGGCAUUCCAUGGAUAGUAGGCACAGCAAUACUGAAUCAGAAACACAGGAUGAAGUGGAUAUGGAGAGGGAAGGUUCACAUACUGGAGAUCAACAGAAGAAGGAUAGGCAAUCAGGUAGACAGAAAUCUGGCGUGGUGGUCAUUCGGAACAUCAAUUACAUAACAAUGGCAGAAAAUUCUGGCAGUGGAUCAUAUUCAGAUUCUGCCUCAGAAACCGGUGAAGAUAAUAAGGAAUCUGUGAAGACCUCUAAGAGAAGGGAACCCGGAAAAGAAUCUUUGAAGAAAUUGGAUUCAUCUGAUAAGGAAGAAACCAAGCAUGGGAAGGAUGCAGAUGGAGGCCAUUGGCAAGCAUUCCAAAAUUGUUUACUGAGAGAUGUUGAUGAAGACAGACAUGUCAUUGACCAAGACCAAUAUGAUCAGGAAAAGGUGAAUGACGUGAGAAGAAAAAAACACAUUGCUGUCAAUGAUCCUUUAGUUUUUAAUGACCGGGAAAUGCAUGAAGUUCAAGGAAGUUCUGCUAUAGAUAUGCAUAACAUUAGCAAAGGAUUGGCUCACAUGCCUAAGACAUCCAGUGAUGAUUUAUUGUUAUCUGCAAGCGCAGGACAGUCUGGUGAUGGUUGGUCUGGAGAUGAUGUACAAUCCUUAGAAGUAACUGGAAAAAAGGGUGGUUAUAGGAGGGCUUCCCGUGAUGAGUUCAUCAUUUCCAAGCAAGAACAUCAAUUUGGCAAUGCUUACCCUUCCUCGGAUAUUGAAACUUCACUAGGUUGUUCAAACAGUAAACUAGAAAGGAAGUUGUUUCAUGAUAUGAAUGAUGAUUCCUACAUAUUGGAGCAUAGAUCAAUGGGAGUCAAUGAUGCAGGAAAUGUUGAGAGAAAUGCUAUUAACAUGGACUCUGAGAUCCCAAUGGUGCAGCAAUCUUCUGAUGAGAUAAACCAUAUCAAUUAUGAGCCAGAUGAAUUGAGCAUGUUGCCUGAACGAGGAGCUGAAAGGGGAUCGAUGAGUUAUGACCCUGCUUUAGACUAUGAAAUGCAGGCCCAGGCUGGUGGUACUUUACAAAAUAAGAACAAAGAGGUAGUGACUGACACCAAACCAGGAUCUAAGAGGUUGGAUAAGGAGGCAAAAUCAAAACUUACCUCGAAUAAUUCUGAUAAAAGAAAGACCGGUGGGCCGAUAAGAAGAGGGAAGACUUCUAAACUUAAUCCUUUGGAUGAAGCACGAGCACGUGCUGAGAGCUUACGGAACUACAAAGCUGAUCUCCAGAAAAUGAAGAAAGAGAAUGAAGAGGAAGAGAUGAAACGCCUAGAAGCCUUAAAGAUGAAGAGGCAAAAGAGGAUUGCUGCCAAGAGUAGCGCAAUCACUGCACAGUCGCCAUCACAGCUAACCAAGAAACAACUUCCAACAAAACUUUCGCCAAGCUCCCAUAAAGGGUCAAAAUUUUGUGAUUCGGAGCCAGGAGAAUCCUCACCCCUUCAAAGAUUCCCUGUCAGAACUGCAUCUGUUGGAUCUAAUGAUUCUUUGAAAGCCUCAAAAACCAGCAGAUUGAUUUCUAGAAGCCACUUGGAUAAUAACAAAUUAAGCCGAUCAGUGUCUUCUUUGCCUGAAUCUAAGCUAGAGAAGGAUGAUAACACAACUGAUACUAAGGCAUCAAUGGCAAGGAUUAGAAGAUUGUCAGAACCUAAAAUAAGUACUACUCAUCAGACUUCCUCAGUUAAACCACAUGGCACUGGAACAAUAUCAAAGACUAAAGCAGCUGAUGGACCCGAGAGCAAAAAGAUUUCUGCUAUUGUGAACCAUGAUAAAAGCAAGACAGCAGCCCUCCCAGAACUGAAAAUCAGAACAUCCAAAGCAACUGAGGUUCCUCAGAACAGAACCACAGUCAAAGAGAAGGCACAUAAGUUGAAUGAUAACAAGUCUUCUAUGAAUUCACAAGGUACCAUGCUGAAGAAAAAUGAAAUUGGUACUUCAUUCGAUGAUGAUGGAGACAAUAAUCCUGUAGUUGAGAAGACUGUUGUGAUGCUUGAGCGUGAGAAACCUUAUGUCCCCCCUAUUCAUAGUUCUGAAGAAAAUUUUGAUAUCCCAAAGAAACAAUAUGAUAAUGAUGAAGUGAUGGAAAAAACAGAGACAGCAUCUAAUUAUGUUGCUAUUCGUGCUCCUGUUUCACCGUUAAGCAUGGAUAUAAUAGAUAAAGAAACCUCAGAGAGACAAUCACACCUGCAACCCAUAUCUACUGAGGUCAAAAUUGAUAAUAUAGAGAAAGAAACUUCAAAAUCAUCCAGUCUUUGUAUUGCUGCGGAAACAUAUCAUGCCCCAUAUGCUCGGGUUUCUUCUAUGGAAGAUCCUAGUACCAGAAAUAGUGAGUAUGGUAAAGCAGCCCCUCCAAGUUUAGAGACUGCAGCAAUUGGUGUGGAGACUGUUAAAGUACAUGUGUCUAACAACGAGAACUCAACACUUGAGAAGAUUCCUGAAGCAAUUGAGAAGCCUCUGGUAAAGGAAUCAUCAUCCAAAGGGUUUAGACGACUGCUAAAGUUUGGAAAAAGAAGUCAUAGCUUAGCUUCUGAACGCAACAUGGAAUCAGAUAAUGUCAGCAUUGACAAUGAGGCAGAUGAGGUUGGAACCAACGGUUCUUCUAACGAAGGAUUCCCAAUAAAGUGGCGGUCAAGCUGGUCCAAAUUCAGCGAAGGUUUCUAUGGGGUGGAGGGCCGAAUCAAAAGAAAGUUGCGUGGGUCAAAUGGGAGACAAUCUGUCUACCAAAGGAAAAGGGUGGCUUGGGAAUAAAAGAAAUCAGGAUAUUCAACAAGGCAUUGCUAGGGAAGUGGAGAUGGAACAUGCUGCAGUAGAACUCAGAAUUGUGGGUUAGAAUAUUGGAGUCGAAGUAUGGUGGAUGGCGAGCAUUAGCUGAAGCCAAACGAGCCAACAAUGAAUCAAUAUGGUGGCAGGAUCUAAUGGAGGUGACACACGAAAAUCAGUUGAAUAGAGUGCUCCAAAAUGAAACAAUAUGGAAGGUCGGAUGUGGGGACAAAAUUAGAUUUUGGGAGGACAAAUGGGUUGGUGAGGGGGAGACAUUAAUGAGGAAAUAUCCAAGACUGUAUCAAAUAUCCUGUCAACAACAACAGCUCGUCCAUCAAGUGGGAAAUCACAGAAACAGCAUGGGAGUGGAAAUCUCAAUGGAGAAGGCCUUUGUUUGACAAUGAAGUGGCCGCAACUAUUGGCUUUUUGGAAGACAUAUCACGGUUCCCCAUUCAUCGACACCUAACAGAUUGCUGGGUAUGGAAAUCGGAACCUAAUGGACACUACUCUACAAGGAGUGCAUACCAUUUGAUGCAACAUGAAGCAGCAAAGGUAAAUACUGAUCCUGCAUUUGAGGAGAUAUGGAAGCUAAAAAUCCCAGCAAAAGCAGCCAUUUUUGCCUGGAGGCUAGUCAAGGACAGAUUGCCAACUAAAAAUAAUUUGAGAAGGAGACAAGUACAGCUAAAUGACACAUUGUGCCCUUUCUGCAGAAACUAUGAGGAAGAAGCUUCACAUCUGUUCUUUAGCUGUACAAAAACACAACCCGUAUGGUGGGAAUCCCUAUCAUGGAUUAACACAUCGGGAGCAUUUUCAGCCAACCCAAGGCAUCACUUCUUGCAACACUCUUUUGGCCUACUCGGAUUGAAACAGUACAACAGAUGGAAAUGCUGGUGGGUUGCAUUAACCUUCACAAUUUGGCAGCACAGAAAUCGGACUAUUUUCUCAAACGAACCAUUUAAUGGUAGCAGAAUGAUGGAGGAUGCAGUGUUCCUGGUCUGGUCAUGGUUCAGAGAAUUGGAGAAAGGAUUUACAGAGCAUUACAAUUACUAGUCCAGCAACCUUUCAGCAGCUUUCUGUAACUAGGAUAGAUGGGUAGCUAUUGACCAAAUGUAACAAUGUAUCUAGUCUGGAAUCUAACAGUGGGACCAUUAUCCCACAUAGUCAUACUCCUGUAUUCUUAGUACCCCUGGCACUUUUCUAUAAUAUAUAUGAUACUUUUGCUGAUAAAAAAAAAACCUACAAGGUGCGUGGCGGUAGAAGACAGAGUGGUCGACUUCAUUGUGAAUCAUACCAAAUUGUCGUACCACAGUACGAAAACGGCCAAACCAGGCUCGAGGGGUCUAUUUAAGUCCAUAUAAAGACUUCCGAAGCCAACACAUCAUGUUCGAUGGUCCCCCCGAGCAACAAAGCCCGUUGGUUGCUCCAUAUAAACCUUUACCUCAAGAUAGCCAUGUAGGAAAGCAUUCUUUAUGUUAAGCUGGAAGAGAGGUCAAUGGUAGAUGGAAGCCAUAGACAAAAGAAGACAAACUUAAGCCAUUUUGGAUUCUGAAGAGAAAGUAUCUGUGUAAUCCUUAUCCAUACACCUGAGUGUAACUUUUUUCCACCAAAUGUGCCUUGAAACGAUCAAUGGUUCCAUUAGGGCCAAUUUUAAGAGUAUACAACCACUAACACCCAACAACGGAUUUUCCUGACGGAAGAGACUAGUUCCCAAGUGCCUCUACUUUGAAGUGUCACAUCUCAUCAAUCAUUGCUUGCCUCCAGUCCGAGUAAGAUAAUGCUUCACCUAGAGAACUAGGGAUAGACACAGAAGACAAAGAGGACAAACAAAUAUAAUGCAAGGGAGAGAGCCUAUGAUGGCUAAGGUUAACAUAGUGAGGAGAUGGGUUUUGGGUAGAACGAAUGCCUUUUCUCAUAACAAUGGGCCAAUUAAGGUUGACAAGUCCAAAUCCGAUAUAGGAGAUGACAUAGGGGAAGAAUCUGCCAUGGCCUCUAUUAUGUCAUCAUGAGUCGGUGUAAGGGCUGGUUCUUGAAAGGGUUGUGCAGCCGGUGGCUCUUUGGGUGGAACAACUGAUUCAUUUUGAGGAUUAAUAGGAAGGGGAAAAUAGUAGUGUUGGAGUACCAGGGGUGAGAGGACACCAUAUAUCGGCAUUAGAGUGAGCAGACUCAAAAUAAGGAACAAACUCAAAGAAUGAGACAUCAACAGAAAUGAAAUACCGUUGAAGAGCAGCAGAAAAACAACGAUAUCCUUUUUGCACGCGAUGGUAGCCCAAGAAAAUACAUUUGAGAGACUUUACUGAUAGUUUGCCAACUCCAAGGCUCAAAUUAUAAACAAAGCAAGUAGAGCCAAAAACUUGAGGAGGAAGUAUGUGAAGAGGUGAUUUGGGAUAUAGGACAAAGUAGGGAAGUUGGUCAUUUAGAAUAGAAAAUGACAUGCGAUUAAUGAGGUAGCAGGCUGUGAAAACAUCACCUUAAAAACGUAAGGGAACUUUGCCAUGGAGGAGAGGAGUUCGGGUUGCUUCAAGAAGGUGACUAUUCUUGCGCUCAACAACCCCAUUUGUUGUGGAGUAUGGGCAUAAGAUGUUUGAUGAAGGAUGCCUUUGGACGCCAUAAACUACUGAAAUUGAUGAGGUAUUCUCUGACAUUAUCACUACGAGAACAACAGAUAGGUAUACCAAACUGGGUUUUUAUUUCAUUAUAAAUUUUUUCAAAGAUGGAAAACAAUUCAGGAUUAUUUUUCGUUAGCCAGAGUCACGUGUAACGCGAAAAACCAUCUAUAAAAGUGACAAAAUACUUAAAACCUGUUGGGGUAAUAACUCGAGAUGGACCCCAAACAUCUAAGUCAACCAAAGCAAAUGAGGAUGCAGCCCUUUUAUUGACACGACUAGGAAACGAACUACGAGUAUGUAUCCCGAACUGACAUGAGUCACAAUGUAGACUAGACAGCUGAUGGAGAUUGGGAACCAUUUUCUGAAGUGUGGGUAGACCAGGAUGUCCCAAUUGAGCAUGAAUUGUUAAUGGAGAAAUUAUGGAAAAGCACACCUGCGGCGACCCAGAGAGAUAAUAUAGGCCAUGUGAUUCACAUCCGACGCCAAUCGUUUGUCCCGAAAUCCGUUCCUGCAAUAUAAUAGAACUUUUAGUAAAUGUAACGACAAGAUCAUGUGUUUGAGUAAGAUGAUGUACAGAGAGUAGGUUAAACGAACAAUUAGGUAACAAAAGGACAGACUCGACAGUGUGUGGUGUCAAUGCCUUGGGGUUUUCUUUGAGACCCAUUGGUAGAGGUAAUAGUCGGUAAAUAGCCAUACGUAGAAAGAGAACGGUUACCAGAAAUAUGAUCAGUAGCACCAGAGUCAAGUACCCAAGGAUCCAAGGAAGAUGAAGGAGAGAUGCAAGCAAUAGAUUUACUGGUGUGUGUGAUAGAAGCUCAUUAAAAUCAAGGAGAGCUGCAUGAACUCGCCCUAGGUAGGCCGACUUGGGCCCGUGAAAUUGAAGAAGAGCUAGGAAGGUCAUCUAGUCUUUGCACACGCCGUAUGACCGUUGAGCAUCAUUUGUGCCAUGCCUCACUCCAAAGCGAUUCAUUGGUGUUGUGAGGCCUGAAAAUUGGUUUGAGAGAGUGGACCUGAUAACACUGCAUAACUAACAAUCGAUCUUUCGCAUUGUGCAUGUUCAGCCUUAGGUAUGGAUUCAGUAGAAGUAGUGAAUCCACAAAUUGAUGCUGGAUGCCCAAGUAGAGUAGUUCGAACCAUCCAACUUCUCAAUAGAAAGUGGGAGGUUCGAAAAAAUUGGAGUGUCUGCCUUACCAUCAAAAGCCAUGGUGAGAGAGAAACACGAACAACAACCCCUGCAAAAAAAAAAAAAAAA